AUGGAUCUGUAUGUGUCUUAUCUUGAAACAAAGAGAAUUUUGCUUGACAUUUUUAAGGAAAAGCAGAAGAAAAGUGCUGAAGCUUCUACAAUACCAAGUUUCUACAAGAAGAUUGGAGUGAUAAGAAUCUUGGAAUUUUUUUUGAAAGUGUGCGUUGAAGAGGUACGUGCUGGGAAUAGACCUCACACUCACUUUACAAGAACUGGAUGGGCAAAUAUACAAGCCAAGUUCAACAAUGCCACAAAGUUAGCAUAUGAUUAUAAAAAAUUUAAAAAUAAGUGGGAUCAUUUGAAAGUAGAUUGGGCAUUAUGGACAAAGCUUAAUGCAAUAGAAUCAGGUCUUGGUUGGGAUGCAACUAAGAGAACAGUAGCUGCUAGUGAUGAAUGGUGGGAGGCCAAAAUCAAGGAGAGUCCUGAGGUUGGAAAGUUUAGAGAUGAAGGUCUGAAAUUUUUUCCUGAGAUGGAAAUUUUAUUCAAGGGUGUAGUUGCUACUGGUCUUGCAGCAUAUGCUCCAUCUGAAGAUUCAAGAGACUCUCACGGUCAAAGCAUUAGAGUGGAAGAGUCAUUUGAUGCUGAUAUUGAUGAGGCCGAAACAGAAGAGCAUGGGAUUGAGGUAGAAAUGACAGCGCAACCAUCAUCUUCAAGGGGAAAUGGACAAAGGAAGAGAGGUAGAGAGGGUGAGAAGAAAGUUGGGGCUGCGGCUAACCUCUCUAGUCAAUUGGAACGUGUUAUUAAUAGCUUUGAGUCAAGUGAUCCUGGAUCUAAAAAUGAUCCUGCGACAUAUGUUAGUGUUAUGACUUUAUGAAUUUUGGAUAUGCGAUCUUAUGUGGUCUUGUUUGGAUAUUUUAUGACAUAUGUUAGUGUUAUGACUUUCUGAAUUUUGGAUAUGUGAUCU